AAAGAGAAGCAACGGCCCGCCAUCUUUCUGUUUCGCCAACUCCCCAGCUGGCCGGGUGGGGUGUCUUUACCAGGUGCGAAAGAACGAGCAGCCUGCCGUUCUUGUCUCGCCGGUGUGCUCCUACCGCCGUUCACGCGUUCGUUCACUUUCGCGGUGCAAAGUCGACACACCUUCCACUUUCUCGCUUGCGUUCUUGUUAUUCCGUACAUGCCAAUCUAAAAUCGACAUCCAGUUUCCGAUUUUGUGGGCGAGAAGCGCUCUGUCUCGCUUCGUGCGACGCUUCGCGACCGCGCGACUGCUCCGUCCCUCCACCCCUAGCAACAUGUAGUUCCCUCGCUUUUUUUCUGCUUCUGUCUCUUCCUGUCUCUCUAGAAACUAUCCAUUGAUCGAUUCUCCUUGUCCCCCCUGCUUCGACUUCUGCUUCGCUCCGGUCAUCUCUCCGCUCGCGCUUCCUCCCCCCUCGUCGGUGGAGUGACAAAGCGGGUGAUCGAAUACAGGAAAGAGAAGAAAAAAAAGAACGUCGGGGAUCGAGGAAAGGGAGAGAAAACGGAGGGAGAAGGAAGGGGAACUCUUUUCGUCGGAAGGAAAUCGAGGGUGGAACGAAGCACAAAGCUUUCCUGGAAGACGACAGACGCGAGAAGGAGAAUACCUGCCUUCGUUCAGGGCGCCGAUCUUCCGUCUGUCUAUUAGGCUUUCCUGAAACGUUUUCUCAGUCCUCCAUUCGACAGUCCAAACAGCGGGUGUCUCCAACACUACCGAAACUACACAUCCCGGAUUGUUUGCGUCUCUCUCUGCUUCACUCUCUGAACCGCCUUCGUUCCAGGAGUUUGCGUUCUGUAUCUCGCUCUCAUUCUCGCCGUCUCCUCUCUUCCGCUCUUGGUAUCUAUCUUCUGUUCUUCAUCUCUCUACCUUUCUUCUUUCCUCUUCCUCUCCCCUUUCUCUCUUUCUCGGCCUGCCGUCUCUUCAGGUGCGUCUACGCGCAGCUGCAGGGGCGCGUUUUUCGGAGUCUCUCCAGCCUGACCUGCGUGACCUUGAGUUUCCGUCGUUUUUUCUUUGUGUUCUUUUGCCUUUCGGCUUCUCACGUCCUGUUUUUCCGUGGACGGUGUCGUCUGCGACGCGAAAGAGUGAAAGCAAGGUGCCUCUCUUUUGAGUCUUUUGAGGCAUCUGCCGCGAGAGACUGGACCCCCAGCGGCUGGUGCACUUGGCGUGGACGCGGAAAAGCUGCGGCUGCUCUUUCUCAAGAAGGCAGCGCAACUGCUGUCUCUCCGAGCCCAAGGCGCUCGAUCCUUACGGUGGUUCUCGUCUCCGGGCAACUGCGCGUUUUCUCCUUGUUUUCGCGGCCCUCUCUUUCUUCUUCCUUCAGGUGCACCGUCUUCUGGAUGACUUCGCGUCUGCCUUUUUUUUACCUUGCAUCCUGCGGAAGAGGACGCACUCCUUGUUUCUGUCUCUUCUUCUCCCCUGAUUCUGAAACGCCUCACUUCCUCCUCUUCUCUCUGUUCCUCCUUUCACGCUCUCUCUCUCUCUCUCUCUCUCUCUCUCUCUCUCUGCCUCUCCUGCCGCAGUGUCGCGCUCCUUUGUCCGCCGCGAAUGCUUCUGUCUGUUUCCAGAGCAUGAGUGACUCUCUUCUGCUGGCGGACCUGGACUGGGGUGCGGGGAGGGGGAGGCGCAAGACGAGCUUGCUCUCCAAGCGGCGGCAGGCGCAGCCUGAGGAGCAAGAAGACGCGUUUCUCCGACACCGGAGAAACACUGAAGCGUGGGCAGCAGAAUGCGAGAAGAAGAGGAGACAGCGACGGAAGGCGAUGCUCCUCGACCUCGGCCUGGACGUCGAAGACGCAGGGCGAAGUCCAGCUGCGACAGUGGCAAGCGCGCAGGGAAGGACCAGUCAGAGGAGAGAUGAAGAACGAGAAACGGAACAGCAGCGGGAGCUCAGGAUAAACGCUGGAGACUCCUGCGGGGACGCGGACGAGGGGGAUGACGUUGUGAUUUGCUUAACGGAACAUGCAGUUACGGAGAAGCGGAGGAUGAGGAACUCCACAGCUGUCUCCUCUCUCUUCUCAGAAGCGGAGACUUUCACCUGUGAGGACGGCGACAGCGAGGCUGAGGAGACUCUUCACGCUUCAGCGUCUGCCGCUUCUCCUUUCUCGCCUCCUCGGGAUGAACGUGUGGGGAAAGAACGGGGAUCGCAUGCAGGGCACUGUGAAACAGACGAUGUCCCGACGAACGGCGCCGAUCGUGCAGUGCGUACACGGCAGUCAAAUGCGAAGGCGUCGGCAUGGAGCGCGUCCUUCAGGCGACUGUCGACGAGCACCGCUGAAGACGUUUCUCGGAUCUUCAGUUCCGAACAACACCUGGAAGUAUCUCUCGCUUCUGCGGUGCCGACGUCAAGCGACAGGAUGCGUCGAGCUGCAGAGGAGGGCGGAAGAAGAGGCACUCGGACGGCGAGACGCCGAGGGAACAAACCUGACCGCUGGCGGCAGACUGACGCAGAGGGUGCUGCGUUUUCCGUUGCUCCUCAGUCUUCUUCGCGUUCUCCUGAUGCCGAAGUCCGUCCAGGAGCCCAAGGCAGUGGCGAGUGUGGAGGGAAGACAGAAGAAAAACAAGGAAGGAAGAAGUUACGCGACGGCGGAGACGGGGGGAAAGGUUCACAGAGGCGCUACGCGGAAAAGAGAGGAAGGCGUCGAGAUCUCUUCAAGGCACAAGAGGAGGAAGAUCCGUUUGCAGAGGAGGGAGAAGAGGAGAGACAGCGGAGACUCCAGGAAGAACAACGCCGAGAGCGAGAAGCACGAGAAGCCGCCGAGCAAGCGCAGGCCACGAUCGAAGCCGUGAACCAAAUCUGGGCGACUCAAAUGUCGGAGCUUGGAAUGCGAGAAAAAGAAGAAGAACAAGUCCAGCAACAUGCGGAGCGAUUUCUGAAGCGGCAUCGGUUUCUCGUUUCGCAAAGCACACCUCAAGGAGAAAACAUGAACGGGCGUUCGGGGUGCCUGGACCUGCUCGCUGAGCAACACAGAAACUCGGAGAUGUAUGCAGAACGCCUCAGAUUGAAACUUGCUAUUUUCGAAGCAGGGCGAGACGCACCGGCUUCCUGCCUCUCCUCGUCUCCACUGGAGGAGCAAGGACCAUCUUCUUCGUCGAGGCACAAAUCCAGUCUUCCUUCUCAGGCGCUUGUUGGCAGCGAUCAAAAAUUUGGAUUCUUGGCAGAGACCGUCGGGAAGCUCCGAGGACUCGCGCCUUGUUGCCGAGCUGCGAUUCGAUGUGAAGUCGACGGCGACUCCUGUGACCCCGAAACGCGUUUCGGAGAUGAAAAGCUCGCACUGGAGGACGACGUGCAAAUCGACUUGCGGAUCCCGCGCGAGGCCGCCGAGCCUCUACCACACUCUCACGCUGCUUCUUCACCGAACGAGAAUGAUGCCUUCGGUGCGUCGUCAGUCCAGCAAGACGCCGUGGCGUUGGACGACGGAAGCAUCCUCAUCAUGGAUAGCUGAAUCGUUGCGCCUUGCUGUCUGCCUUUUUUCUCCAUUGUCUCCUCGUAUCUCUCUUCCGCGAAGUUCUUCGUUCUUUGCAUAUAUGGGCUUCAGUUGGGGACAGUCGCUUGCCUGGCCGGUGCAGAGUUUCUCCAUCCAAGAACGGCUCGCUGCUUCUGCAACCCAGUCUUGUCAACGCAUGCUUUCUUUAUUGACGUAGCUACUGCCGUAGAGGCUGACAAACGAUACUAUGUAGAUUAUGCAAAUGUACAGACUCAGCGAACGUCUGCAUCACUACAGUCUGUGUCAUACGGAAACACAUGUGAAUCUUCAUUUCUUUAGGUUCCAAGCUUCUUGUGCAUAUCCAUAUAUAUAUAUAUAUAUAUAUAUAUGUAUAUAUAUAUGUAUAUCUAUAUCUAUAUAUAUAUAGGUCUGCAUGCAGAACAAUCGAAUACACAUUCACGUACACGACAGUGCCUAGUUCGGCGCUUCCGUGCGUCUGUGUUAGCCCAAGGAUAAAUACAUGUCAAUGCGUUUUCUGUUUUUGGAUGAGACAAAUAGUGUGGUACUUACAAUUUCUUGGUCUUUGUUUCUGGAGGCGACUCCCUCAUUGACAGGCAUUUGCUCAUUUCUGCUGUGAGAAGAAUCGCAGCCCCAAGGGCCGCCUGGUAGACACCAAUCUAUAUCUCUGAUCGGAUGUACACUCACGAGUCUAUUUGGAUUUGGAUUUUCCCAUCCACUUUUUACGAUCAGUUGUCACGACUUGUUGCUUCCUUGACCUCGGGCAUUCCCUUCCGAUCUUUGUAAACGUAUUCUCUUCUUUUUUUCCUCUUCGCGAGUAACUCUGUCUCAGGAGCUCCGCCUGUAGACAUUUAUUCGCAACUGCUUCGUGUAUCUGGACUGGCGCACGUAUCUCUGUACAUGGUUACCUAUGCUUCUGCAUUCGUCGGGGACCACAGACAUCGGCAUGCACUAUAUUUAUCAUUUCCGUGCAAGUACAAAUU